UUCCUUUCUUAUGUUUCCGUUUGUAGACCCUCACCUCUUUCUUCCACUGACUUGGUCUUGUACCUUGGCCCCCUUUGUAUCCUGUUAUCUUCACACCUCCCUCUCAUGACUUUGCAUUGUUUCUCUUGAUUCUGCUAUGCCAGCUCCUUGCCAUGUGCUCCAGCCCAGCUGUACUUCGGCAGGUAUGGAGUGCUGCUGCUGCUGCUUGGUUUCCUACCAGUGGAAAGAAUGAGCACUUAUAAAUUGAAGCCAUUUCUUCUUUAGCAUUUUUUUUUAUCUCUGACCUUUAGCACAAAAUCAUUCUUGGUCCAUUUGCCUACCUUCUUGCAACUUUUGACAGGUAGGAGUGCCUUCAUGUGACUUUAGACUGUUUCCUACUUUACAUUAAAAUAGCUUUAUUCCCAUGAUUUAUUACCCUGGCUCUGUUUUAUUUUUAAUAUUUCAUACAUAUUUAAAAAAAUGUGGCAUGUCUGUGUGCAGGGUUCUUCAAAAUAUAAUUAUGAACACUUAUGUAUAAGGCUUAACAUAACUGUGUUCCUCCCUUCAAGAAAUUGAAGGGUUUAUCUUCAGCCUUCUUUUAUAAGUUAGGUGUCUUAUUUCCAUACUGCAUUUUUUCUCAUUAAAAAAAGAUAAGGUGAAAUGCAUUAUCCAGUUAGAUAAACAGGGGAAAAGUCUAUACAGAGUUGUAUCCAUGUAAUUCCAGAAUGUACAUGACCACGCACAUAUGCACUAAAAGAAUAUUCCCCUGCAGAGUAUUUGUAACAAAUUUAAUUUUUAAAGCAAAAUAAUUACUUCAAUUAAAUAUUAAAGUAUAAUUUUAUUUCUAAAAAUAGAGAGAAAAUUGUGUCUGGAACACAGAGUACUUCCUAUGUAGUGCUGAACUGCAUGUCAUUUGUGUUGUGCCCGAUUCACUGAUGUGACUUACUGAAGUAAUUUAGUUUAUUGAAAUUUUCUAUUUGACCAGAAUAAAACAGCCUUGGGCCAGAGGACUUAGAUCAACUAUUUAACUGUGGAAGUUGCUGAUUAUUAAGGUUAAAGAAAGGAGAAGAAAUACCAGAAUUAAGAUUUGAUACACAGCCUUAAUUCAGGUGUCUUUGAAUAUAUGCAGGUAAACUAAGGUUUAGAGUCUGUGGAUGAUAUUGCUUCACUUUUCAGGGUGUGCAGCCCUGUGUAAUAAUUGUAAUAAUCCUUGAAAACUACACUUCCUCUUAACUUUAUUUGAAACCAGGAAACCUGGGAUCAGAUCACAGGGAAUGCAGUUGGUUAUGCAGAAUAUUUUGAGCAUGUGGUCCUUGCCUGUGCGUUAUACAUGUGUAACCGUAAUUUUUCACUGGUUGGGAAUUUUUAGUUGAAAAUCACCUCUGCACCAUGAAGGUAUCUAAUCUGAUUACCCAACUUUGUAUUUAAUUGUUACAAAAACUGUUUAUCUCUAUUUUUCCUCCCUGUCCUGUUUCCCAUGCCUCAGACACCUCACACUUUUCUCCUUUGCCAGAAAUGGGAGAGAGAUGCUAGAAACAUUUCAUUUUUUCUGAAGAGUCUUAUACAUGGAGAUAGCGUCCUUGACCUUCUUUCUCCUUAGGACGUCCUGUCAGUUGCUGUAGUUCUGAAUUUGGCUGAUGUUGAAGGCAGCUGCCAUGCACCUGGUUCUUUCUUACAGUGUCUUCUUGGUGCCAGAAGGGAUAAGCCAAUGACAGGAGUCCCACUUACCAUUGUGUUGGCCAGAACCUGUGCUUUUGCCUUCUUGACUUUUUGCAUUACUGAGUAUUGAGUUCUUUGGGGUUUUUUUGUCCCCUGUCCCACUGCCGUUUGGCACGUCCCUCCCUGGCUCCCCUACCUGGCAGUCCUGCUGGCUGUGUAUGUGAGCUCUGACAUGUGCUGUGAGACCUGGACCACGAUGGUGAUAGCCUCUCUAGCCUCCAAAAUGCAUCAAGCCUUCCUUCUUGCCGAGUAGGCUGUUGCACAAGAUACCAUCUUGAUGGCAGCUGUCUUCAUUUGCAUUGAACUCUGGGAGAACCCAAAGACUGCUCUGAUACUCAGGCCUCCUAGGAAGCCUGUUUGCUUUCAUCCUCUGCCCAGGGAAGAUGAAUCUGACCCGCUGCCACUCUCACGGUAGGAUGCGGGGAAUGUGCUUGCAGCCAUUCUGGCCAUGACUUUCCAGUGGGUGGAUGGUGGGAGUGUGUUUUGCAAGGCAGAAAGAUCUUCUACUGUUAUCUCUUCAAGAAACCUCAUAUCAAAGCACUCUCUUCGUUUUGGGAAGUACUUUUUGUGCUUGAAGGUUAGGCACAAGUGGUAAUAGCAUGACCUGGGGGAAGGAAAGUGCUAGAUUCUAUAAUUCCCAAGGGAAGAAGGGCUCUGGUCAUACUGUCUCUAUAGAGCAGUUCCCUGAGCUAGCUAUCGUCUCUCCAUCCUACUUGCAGUGACAUGGAUAAGUCUCCUUGAUUUGUCUGUGCAGUGGCUUCUCUUCAGUGCCACUUUCCUUGCAUGGGACCGUGUACAUGGAAAGCCAUAUGUAUAUAGAGUGUGCUCCCUUCUGUUUUCAGAUGUCUUCGCAUCUUCUGAAAUACCUGAUAGCUUGUAAAUUCAAGAAUCUGGAUGAAACGUGUUUUUUUUCCAAACUUAGGCAAGCCCCUCUCCCAACUAGAUUUUUAUUUUCACAGGGGCAGCAGGAUUCAUCCUUGUCAUAAGGUCCUUUCUUGCAGGUUCUCUUCCAAGGAAUAGAAUUCAAGUAGUUAAAAGAAAAGAAAUUUAAAAUUUUGCACAUAGAAAAAAGCACAACCCCGAACAUUUACAUUGCUACUUCUGCAGAAGUAGCAAGACUCUCUAUACAGGUUGCCCAGAGACAUUGUGACAUCUCCAUCCUUGGAGAUACUAAAAAAACAGGUGGGCAUGGUCCAGGACAACCUGCUCCAGGUGACCCUGCUUGAUUGAGCAGGGUGGUGGACUGGACGGUCUGCAGAGGUCCUCUCCAGCCUCAUGCAUUCCUUGACUGAAACUUUCUGAAAAGGUUUUGAAAGAGAAUUGCAGUUCAGUUUGAUACAGCUGAGCGAAAUACAAAAAAUUUAAGGUAGAUUUCAUUAAAUGGAAAGUGUAGAGCACACUUUCAAAUUAAGCUGGUCUGCCAGGCUUGCCCAUAAUAAAUUCAGGAGAGUAAAAGAAAAAUACGAAUUUAUACCAAAUUAACAGAGCAAAUCAUAUUGCUUCUGUCUACACAAACAACUGAAGCAUCUCUGUAACUUUAAAAGGUGCUCUAAAUGCAUUUUCCAUGCACAGAUCAGAGUUAUGAGCUUGCUUAAAACUUAGAAAGAGAUUUCAUGCUCUCACCUUUGCACAUAAGAGGCCAAUUCUCAGGAUCAUUGUCUUUGAUCCCAUAGAAAGAAUCAUAGGCUUAAAAAGGAGCCAGGACUUGCCUGCUGUUUAGUAGUAAUUUUCUGAUUAUACUUUCAUAGGAAUGUAAAUCUAAAGAGCCAAAUUUACAUAAGCAGACUACUCUGUGAACCUUUGCCCUCCCUUCUCCCUCAACCUUUGCUGUCCAGUUUGGCUCCCAGUGCAGUUUCAGAAGUCUCUUUCUAGGGUUACUUGUCUCUCUAGCAAGAAACCCAAAUUCUGAAAGCAAGAAAGUGGCAGAAUUGCAGCCACAAAACCUGAACUCAAGCGAUCUUCCCUCUCCCAUUACUGCUACACCUACUCAUGAGGCAGCCCUGUGGGGACCAGUGUGGACACUGGCUGGAAGCCAGGCGUGUACCAGACAUCUCUUUACCUUUGCUCAUAGAUAGAGCUCAUCCACAAAUGGCAGCUAGAAAUUCAUGCCUAUAAUAUCACAUUAGUUUGACAUGCAUUUUACAACAGCAGUGCAGGCAGCCUUUUUCCUGAAAAAGAAAUGAUUUCUCAGUAUUUUUAACAUACUUUAUUUCCUCAUCUUAGGACUAGCAGGAAAGUUUAUCAGCAGUUUGUGGUAGGGAUAGAAGGAAAAGGGGAAUUGGAUUGCUGAUGGGAUAUUGCUUGCUGGCUGCGCAAACACAGUGUGCAAAAAGACAAAAAGCUUGGACUCCUCUGUGAAGUUCAACUCUAAGCCAGAUCAACUUAACCUCAGCCUCUUCAAAACGUGUCUGUAUAAAUAUAGUCUGUUUUGAUGAUCACAGGUCUGCAGCUGAAUUAAUUAUUUGAUGGUGCGAGAAAGAUAUGUAAAGGGAGACCUUUACCACUGAAGCCCAGAUCUACGAGAUCAAAUCUACAGUCUGAUUUUCUUUUCUAAUGUUUUCUUGCUAAGUGUUUUCUUAUACAUCAUGCCUAGUCUUGUCAAUAUUUUUUUAAGUCUUGCUCCUUUAAAUAGUUCUGGAUGAUACUUUUUCAAAGAUCUCCUGGAGUCAGUGAAAGCCGUUUGUGUGAACAUGGGCAGCUGAAAGAGCAAAGGCAGUGUGAGCCCUGCACAGUCUUAAGACGAUCUGUGUUUGGGACAUGAGAGUAGUAUGGCAUAACUCUGUUUGCUUUGGAAGGUAAUCUAAUCUAAAAGGGCAUGAAACAAUUUGCAAAUUAGGAUUGUGUAAACCUCAGUGUAGUUUUUUUUUUUUUCUUCUUUAGGGAAGAGAUAUUUAAACCCAGAAAGAGCAUUAGGCAGGAAGAAUUUGAGAGAUUCAACCUGGCAGAUGUUGCAAGGCUUGUGAUAGAAUAGGACGGAGCUUUACCUAUUGCUGUGUGAAGUUAAGAUCUGCAAUAUCAGUUAGGAGCUCCAGAUUUCACAACACUUGGGUGAUGGUGUAACAGGAAGAAGGGUGUGGGCAAAACUACAGGGCUACAUAUGAGUAAUUCAAGACCUCACCUGUUUUCCCAUCUGGAGAGCAGGACAACGUGGGGAAAGCAGAUGGACAGAUCAGAAGUUAGAGUUUAAUCGCUUAACUUUUGCUGAGCUUAUCUGUACUGAGGAUAAUCUUCCGGGAUUCAUGUUUGCUGCAUGCUUUUUGCAUUUUUUGGUGGAUGCAUUUUGAGUCAGAAAAAAUGAUGUCUGGUGUCACACCUUUUGUAUUCUGUCUCAGCAUAGCAAAUCUGAGCUACUAAGUUACAGCCAGCAGAUGCCAGCAGUUUUUGUGGUACUAUACUGUUAAUUUACUUGUAUGUGUAUUCUGCAAUGAUGUUCCUAGUGGUGAACAAACUACCUUUUUAAUAAUAUCAAAGGGGUGGAAUUACUGCCUCGUUUUCAUGUGAAAAAGUCUCAGUGAGUAUUACAGACAGAUUAUGGCCUUAAGUAGUGCCCAGAAGUGAUAUGUCAGAAGAAAAGAAAGAGCUAUGAUCCCAACAAUGAUUUUUGAAAUUCGGUCAGCAAUACAUAUGUUUAAUAAAUGCACAUCUUCCUGCAAUGUUUGAAAUCGGGGUCAGGACUCCAAAAAGAAACUCAAUGAGAUUGUCUUCAGUAAAUAUUACAGCUGGAGAAUUGAGAAAGGCAAAAAUAAAGGUAGGUGAUACAAGCUUGCUAUUUUCCAAAGCUCAACACUUUUGUGAGCAAAAUGAUCUGCUUACAGGGUGUUUUUAAGAUGAAAGUAAUUUUAUCUGUAGUGCUAAAUUUGGAAUCAGUUUACCCAGCCAUCUGCAUCUGUGUAUAUGGCAAGUCUAAUAUCUUGAUUUGGGGAUUAAAUUUAUACCAUGCUCUUAUGUGUUUUUCUUCAGACUCUUACCUUAGGUUUUGGUUUUGGUUUUUUUUUUGCUUUUUCUGUUAUAAUGUGGAAUCUCAUUGUUGAAUAUUGUUGCAUUUCUUGUUUACUGAUAUCUUUAUGAGAAGCUUUGUGAAAGUUUGUGAAAACUCUAGGUUCCUUGUACUUCUAUAUGUCAGUCAGCCAGUGGUAUUGAUACAGAAUGCAAUUAAUGCUCUUCCCUUUGUAAUCCAAACUAAUGUCCUCUAAUCAACAUUAUGUAAUUCAACAAAUAGCAAAACCUACUGAAUUAAGAUACUGUACUGUUCUACGAUCUCUGGAUGUGCAGCAUCACACAUAUUUUUGAAUCUUCUGAACAUUUUGUAGAUCAGUAGCUGAAUUUCUGGGAGUAAAUGCAUUGUAUUUUUGAGUUAAUGAAUUUCACUUUCUUUCAGCACUUAUGUUCAAGUUAUAUUUGUGCUGAAUUACACAUUGUUAAUUAAGAAUAAUUUUAUCUCUUUGGUUAACAGAAGAAAUUGGGGCAUUAUUAGGGUGUUGGCCUUGCUGUUUCCAUAACAGGUUAGCUGCUUUGAUCUGGCUGUGUUGACAGUAAAAUUGGGUCUUCUGCUUGGACGUGCAGAAGUAUGUGUUUGGUUAGACCGUUAUCAAAUUGGAGCAAGUAACUAGAACUGAUUAAGUGAAGACAAGCACAGUAAUGAUUAAAAAAAAGAGAGAAAAUUAAGCAAUGCAGAGUCAUGCAGAACACUGUCACUUGGCUGAUGUAAUUUGUGGCUGUAAGCAGAGGUCAUGGUGUCAUGCUACAACUAUCCCAGCUCUUCUCAGUUUUGUACCAUUUUCUUGUAGCUCAUACAAGCCCAGUCAUAUUCCCUUUUGUGUACUGCUCCUUAUUUGUUCUUUUUUCCUAACCAGAAGAGAUUAAACAGGAAAGAAUUCAGGCAGGAUUUGGAAAAAUAAUAGUGUGAAACGAGAAUUAAACUAGAAAAGACUGCAGAGUGUCUUUAUACAUGUGUUAGUGACCUUGCCUGUAUUGACUGAAAGUAUUGGUAAAAGAUUACUGCAAAAAGUGAGGGUCUUUAAAAUUUUAACAAGGGGAUUUACUUAGUAGACUUUGGUCCAUGUGUGAUGGUAUUACCACCCUGGAAGUGGUGGAUAGGAAUUAACUUGUGUUAAGCACCAGCAGCUGUGUAUUAUGGAAUGAUAAAAGUUUGGUAGAAUGAGGGGUAGGCAGCUACCGAAGUCCCCUCUUGUAUGAUCAUUUUUGGUAUUAGUGAUAUGUCCUGGUUCUGAACACCAAAUGCCUUUGACCUAAUUUAACUCUAGUGUAACAACAUUGAGAAUAUGGGGCAUUUACAUCAUGGAAAGGAGAAAGGAAAAUACAUUCAAGUAUUUCCUUAUUUAAGUAUAGUAUUUUUCCUUAGUUAAACAUAUGCAAUAAUGUAUAAAGUAAGAUACAGCAAAAAUAGGAUUCAGUGGUAUUUGCCUAAAGUAAGCAUAUGCAAUCUUGUAAGUGCUGUGUGACAUUUUAGAUUUUAUUUAAUUUUCCCUUUAAGCUUUAGACUGGAAGUUAAAGUGCCCUAAAGGAGUCUUUAUUCUAGUUGAAGUGCUCUGAUUGCACUAUCUUUUAAUCCUUUUCUUUUUGGUAGUAUUUUAAGGUUUGUGGAUUGUCAGGGAAGAAGUGCUAUCUCUCUUAUUUGGAACAUGGGCAGCUAAAGCUACUCGGUGCCUGUUCUGUGAUCUUAACAAUGACCAGUCAGCCAGAAAAGGAGGAGGACCUUUCAGAAUUUCAGGUUCUAUACGACCCUAAUUCAGAAGUGUGUCUGUAAAUUAGAAAACUUGCAGGGCAGGUUGUGAGAUCCAUGCUGUGGUUUUGCCAUCUCACUGGCUGGCUGGAUCUUCUAAAAAAAAAUGCUGUUUAAAAUGUUACAACAGCUUUCAUGAAGUUGUGAUUUAGAAUCACAUAAUCUCAAAAAAUACGAACCCUGACUAAGUGUAUGAAGAUUGUAGGUUGGUCAAAGCACAAGAGAUUGUAUUUCAAGACCAAUGCUAAGAGAAACAUACAGGGAAGAAAGGGGGAAAAACACCCCUGUCUCUGUGUCAGAAUCACCAGCUUUUGUUCCUCUAGUUGCCUAGUGCCCUGGCUGGGCAGCACUCCCCAAAAUGGGGCGGUCAUACCUGGGUUUGAAUAGAGGUGUCAUGGUAGAACUUUGGUGCUUUUUCGUGCAAAGAAAUCUAAUGGGACUCUUUUAUCCUCAUGAAAUUUUCAAAUAUAUCCUGACAUCCUUAAUUUCAGAAUGUAGCAUGUCAAGUAAAGAGCAUUAGUCCUAACAUAUGGACAACACCCAUUUCAACUGGAUCUUUUUCUAAUACAGCAGUGUUCACCAAAAAAGCAAGUUAGGUGCUUGGUUUUUCAUAUAUUCACAUAAUUCCUUAUUGUUCUUAAUUUUUAAUUUUUUAUUUUUUUUUAAGAAUCCAGCUUGUUCUAGCAUAGUCCUUACAGGGAAACAUUUUGGAAGAUUAAAUGAAAAGUCACAGUUCCAUAGAGUAUGUUUCUGGUCUUUAACCCUGUUGUUACUCCACAGCCACCACUCUCAGCUGCUGCAAAGUUGUAAGGAUCACUAGAUUCCAUCUAAUUUGUCUUCUAAAACGGCUGAUGAGCUUCACAGGUGUCUGGGUGGCUCUGCAGAAUGGCUGGCAGCAAACUGUUUUAGGCAAAAUCCUUACAGGUGAAUAGUGGAUGUAAGCCUAUUUUUCAUAAUCUUCAUUCUGUCACUGUACUCCCCUGAAGAACUUUUGGAGCCUAGUGGUUGUUUUAGAAAUGUAUAAGGUAGAAUUAGAAAUAAGAUGCAUAUAGAAGUAGCAAUAAUGAAGGAGAGACUAUUUCACCACUGUUGGUGAUCAUCUGGAGGUGAAUUUCCUAGCGUUAAAUUCCCAAAGUGCUAUGAAGUCAUCUGAUAGCAUAUAAUAAAAAAUGAGCAGUUUGUAUCCCUAUUAUAAUUAUGGUGUUAAAUUUGUGCUGCUUUCUUACCUGAAUUCCAAUAUGUUUGGUCUGAAUUGUUUGUAAGGAUAGAGUAUUAAUCCAUCAAGAAUGACAAAAUUACCAUGGUUUGUUUGUGUUGUCCAAAUAAAAAUCCCUUUUCUGUUUGUACCUGCAUAUGUUUAAGACUGCAUUUACCUAUUUGUAUGCUACCCAUUUGUAAAUGGUGCUUUACAGUCAUAUGAAAAGAGAUACAGUCUUUUCAAGAUCUUCCAACAUAUUUUUAUGUAAUUAUGGCUAUUUUCUAUAGCUUUUCUGGUUUUUGACACUUAAUUAGGACAAACGCACCUAAGUGAUUCAAUUUUCAGUGCUGUCUGGUUACCCGUGUUAGAAAUUAUUCUUUAACUGUGUGUUUGCUUUUUUGAGGAUAUCAUGACUCAUUAUUUACUCGUGGGUAAUCAUCUUUAGUAAAAACAAAGUGCAUCUUGUGAGAGCUAAUACAGAGCUCUGUGUGUAUCAGUUGGAAAGAGACCCUUCGAUUCGAAAGUUCCUGCCAGCUGUCACCUCCUCAGCUAAUAUCACCUCAUAAUAUAGAGCCAGUCACAAAAUGCAGAAGUAAUGUUUGUGUUUCGAGAAAGCUUGCAAAUAAACCAGAACCCAGUAACAUGUAAGACUUCAGGGCUGCAGCAAAAUAUAUCUGGGCAUAUAAUGCCACAGAUUUCUAUUUUGUGUCUGGUGUCUUACUGCUAUGUUUAGUUGGUAUUAUAUACAUUUUCAAUUAAUGGAAGCAACAGAAAAAUAGCAUAAAAUAGAAUAACUUGUCCUUUUUCCUGCUGUGGGAAGAAAAUAUACUUUGUAUCUAUUACCAGUUCCUUUCCUUAACAUGAUAUCCUAGGUUUAGAUUUUGAAUCAUUCCCUGGCUGACUAAGUGAUGACUCGCUCGUUUUGUCUCCUAUUUAUAAAAGAAGUGAAAAGAUUUAGCUCAUGAAUUUUUCAUACAGACUACAGAUGUACUGGUUGGGGCCAAAUGCUGUUUUCAGUUACAAGUCAGUGUCACUGGUGAGCUGUCAGUGGCAGCGUUGUGAAUGUAUUUCAGCGUAGUACUGAGAUUUAAAUGUUUUGUUUCUAGUGUGCAUAUGGGGGUAAGAAUUAAGGAGAUGGUAGAUAAACUGAUUAUAAAAAUAGAUAGGAAAUAGAGGUUCAUUUUCCAGUCCAACAUGCUACUGCCAGUACUGAAGCAAGAGUAAAACCAUUACUCACUGCCCUGCGGGUGCUGCACCCUGCAAUGAAUGAGUACCGUAUUUUAAAAUAUCUAGUAGCAUUAUGAAAAACUGAAGUCGAAGCAGAAGUUCAGAUCUUAAUUAAUGAAAUUGCCUUUCCACCUUUGGUGCUGCCAGCCAGAAAAAUCUGAUUAUAUUAUAAACUUUCCCAAAUGGACUUUGCCUUUUCCCUUCUUAGGAACUGCCUGUGAAAUCAAGAGCAAGGAAAGGUGUAGCACAGAAGGCAGCUUUAUGUGCCUUCAUAGCCUGGUUUCAGAUGUCUGUGAUGGGUGUGAGGAGCUUGAAAGUAAGUUUUAAUAGGAUGAAUGGGAUUUGAUGGAUAAGAAGAAAAGUAUAAGAAGAAAAGUACUGCUCUCAUCCCUAAUCUGAUAUCUGUUCAAAGACCUAGGCAGAAUAUGUACUUUAUAUCUAAAUUUUCUGAAGAACACUUUUGUGCUCUUUUCUCCUGUUGUGUACUGGAUAAGUGUUGGAUCAUAUGGAAAUAAGUUGUUUUAGCUAAUUGGGUGUAUUCCUUUUAGGGAUCAGACCCAUAUUUUAGUUAACAACAAGUUAUCUUCUGGUUUCCAGUUUCUCCUAAACAGCAUACAACAAAAAAGGUGAAAUAAUAAUGACUGAAACAAAAAGGAACAUUUUUAAUUUGUGUAACUCCAUGCAGUCACGAAUUUUCUGUGUGUUAAAGUAGGAAGUUUUUGUCUACAUCUAUUCUGCUGUCUGAUCAUUUUAGCAGUAUUGGUUUCCUGUGGUUCAACAACUCAGUGGUGAGUCUUCCUUAAGAAAGAUCAUGAACAACUUCAGUAACAAAGUACAUUGUUUUAACAAUCUCUAUCAGUAGGUUUUUAAAGUAUUAAUUAUAGUAUUUAUAAAACUAAGAAGGUUCAUAAGUUGUUCUGAAAAAGAUGGAACUUGAAAAAAAUAUUUACAGGUUUUUUCUUUGGUUUUUUUGGUACCUAGAUUGAAAGGAUAAUUGUAAAUACCCUGUUGAAUUUAUAGAGCCUCUUGUCACUGAGUGUGGACAGUUGUCUUCUUAGUUUAACUUAAUGGUACUGAUGUGCCUUUGUGGCAGUCUGAUAGAAUCCUCCUAGAGUCUGCCCAACGUUAACACAUUUGGUGACUGGCAACAUGUAUAGUUUUUACUGUAAAGAGGCAUAUGCUUAGCAAAAUGACACAUCUGAAUAUUGCAAUGUAAAUGCCCUUGCUUUUUAACUUUUUUCUUCCCCUGUAGCGCUCUCCCCCUCUAUCUAAGCAAUAGGCAUUAAGCAUGAAGGCAGUGCAAGCAGUAAACAGGAGAUAUAUUUUAAUUUUAAAUUCUUUACCAAGGUGUCCGAGGCAGAUAAGGCAGGAAACCUGAUAAGUCUUCUGCAGGGACUAUUGAAUGCAUGAACCUCACUUAUCCACUGUUGUUUUGGGCACACUGGAGUGGAGGUUAUCUCCACUUGGAUAAAAGCCAGAUCUUUUGAGGGUAGAAGCUUCCUGCUACCUGAUGGAGAUAGUAAUGGUCCUCUUGAGCAAAUGUCUGCUGAGACCAUGGGGAUAGACAGGCAGCAGGGCCCGUGAGAACCUGGGAUAGGAGGAGCUCAUGGCCCUCAUUAUAGCUUGUCCUGUUAUCAACAGCUAGAUCAGAUCAGGAAAACUUAUGCAAAUUGUUUUUUAAAGCAUGCUAGGGUGGUUUGGGUUUUUUUCUGGGAGUCAUAAACUCUGCCAAAGUAAGCCUCCAUUCUUCUUUUAAAAGUAUGUAGGAUGCGUUAAAUAUGCUUCAAAGCAGCUUGCACUGUGAGUGUUUCUAGCAUAGAAAUACUUUCCUUUAAAACUGUGGAUCUUGUCACAAGUCCAGGAUGACUUUUAGUCUUCUUCAGACUUGCUGCUGUACCUGCUUUAUGAUUAAAAGAGGCUAACCUGUAAGAUACACCUAUCCCUUUCCAGAAAGAACCAUUCUGGUCCCAGAAACUUUGUGCUGUGGACUGUAGUAGUAUUGUGAUAGUGAAAGAACAGAAAAUGAAGCUCUAAUAAGCACAUUCCAUGACAUGAUUUUGGUCCAUGCCAACUAGCACGCUCCCAGAUGACAGCUGUGGCAGGAUGGCGUGGGAGAGAGACUGUUCCCAACAGGCAUUAUUGACGAGGUGACGUUGGUGACAGAGGAAGGACAAGAAUGAUUACAUAUCCAUAACUCCCAGCAGUAUGUCAGGGUAUAUACCCAGUUACUUAGACAAGGAUGAGCUAUGUGUAGUAUGUGGGGACAAAGCCACCGGAUACCAUUAUCGCUGCAUCACUUGCGAAGGCUGCAAGGGUUUUUUUAGAAGAACCAUUCAAAAGAACCUCCAUCCAACCUAUUCCUGUAAAUAUGAAGGAAAAUGUGUGAUAGACAAAGUAACAAGAAAUCAGUGCCAGGAAUGUCGCUUCAAAAAAUGUAUCUUUGUUGGCAUGGCAACAGAUUUGGUGUUGGAUGACAGCAAGAGGUUGGCAAAGAGGAAGCUGAUAGAAGAAAAUCGAGAGAAGAGACGUCGGGAAGAGCUGCAGAAAACAAUUGGGCACAAACCAGAGCCAACAGAUGAGGAAUGGGAGCUCAUCAAAAUUGUUACUGAAGCACAUGUGGCCACCAAUGCACAAGGAAGCCACUGGAAGCAGAAAAGGAAAUUUCUGCCAGAAGAUAUUGGGCAGGCACCAAUAGUUAAUGCCCCAGAAGGUGGGAAAGUGGAUUUAGAAGCCUUCAGCCAGUUUACAAAAAUUAUCACACCAGCGAUUACAAGAGUGGUGGAUUUUGCCAAAAAGUUGCCUAUGUUUUGUGAGCUGCCAUGUGAAGACCAGAUCAUCCUUCUGAAAGGCUGCUGUAUGGAGAUCAUGUCCCUCCGAGCAGCAGUUCGCUAUGACCCCGAAAGUGAGACUUUAACACUAAAUGGGGAGAUGGCGGUGACAAGGGGCCAGCUGAAAAAUGGGGGUCUUGGCGUAGUGUCUGAUGCCAUUUUUGACCUGGGCAUGUCUCUUUCUUCAUUUAACCUGGAUGACACCGAGGUUGCCCUUCUCCAGGCUGUUCUGCUCAUGUCAUCAGAUCGCCCAGGCCUUGUUUGCGUCGAGAGAAUAGAAAAGUGUCAAGAGGGUUUCCUCCUGGCAUUUGAACACUACAUUAAUUACAGAAAACACCAUGUUGCACACUUUUGGCCAAAACUGCUGAUGAAAGUGACAGACCUGCGAAUGAUCGGAGCCUGCCAUGCCAGCCGCUUCCUGCACAUGAAGGUGGAGUGCCCCACAGAACUGUUCCCUCCGUUGUUCCUGGAAGUGUUUGAGGAUUAGAGAGACUGAAGUGGUUCUCCACACCCCUGUCGCACUACUGGCUGUCAUUUCAUCCCGUUGCCCAGCUCUUCUCACCUGUUUGUUCUUCUUCUUUCGUGGUCUUCUGUUUCUUGAGACAGGGCUGGGGUUUUGUUUGGGUUUUCUUUUGGGGUUGCUGGGGGGCAGUUGUAUACACAUGGAUGAAAACAUUCCUUUAAUGCGGGUACUUGUGACUAUUGCAAUUUGUUCUUCAGUCCUUUGAUGUGAGUGCUUUGACAGCUUAACAGUGAAAAUACGAACAGACCAAUCUCAUUCACCAGCAUUUGCGUGGUCACCAGCUCACACCCAUCAUUGCCUGGAAAAUAGGGGAGAGAGAUUGAAGUGGCAGAAAAAUAAAUUGGCCUUCAAGUUAAAACAGCUAUUGUUAAUUUGAUCCUGACAAUUCUGUCUUGUAUUACCUCCUUUUGCAGGGUACAACUGACCGAUUCAUAAUAUGAAAUUUCCGGUCUUUGUGAUUGUUUCUAUUGUAACAAUUACCACUAUGAUCUAGGAUCUUCAUCAUCGUCAUCAUGAUCCCAUCGCUUUCUGAGGUUUUUUUCCAGCAGAUGCAGUUUAACUGUGCCCCACAAAUCAACUACUUAAAAUAAUACAGAGUGUUAGAAGGGACUGAGUCUUUUUUUUUUUUCCAUGUGUAUAAGAUACUAAGGUCUUCAGUUACUAAAUUUAGACUCCAGGUAACUUCACUGGAAGGUUUGUUGGAGUGAGGAGGGAAAUUUGAUCCUCUGAGGUGCUUUUCCUGAUAGUGAAGGGGUCUGCUUUUUCUGAGGUGUGUGGAAAAUCCAUCACUUUGAGGGAGAAGGCUCUCUGUCAGGAUAGCAGGCAGUGUCUCAGAGUUAUUCAGGGACAUGAGGGCUCACGGAAUGAAGACAACGGGGUGACCUUCAGAUGGGACAGAAACCAACUGUGUUAUUAACAACACUCAAGACUGUAGAGCUUUAUCCCAGUAAUACAAAUAGUGUUGCUCGGCAGUAAUCCUUUGUUUGAUACAUAUACAUAUAUAUAUAUAUAUAAAGUUUAUAUGCACGUAUAUAUAUAAUUUUAUAUAUAUAUAAUUACAAAUCUUCAGCAGAUGUUUUAAACAUAUUUCCAUAUUUUUAUCUUCUCUCUUUCUCUGAUUCUGUUCUCUGUGUGUAUGUGUGUGUGGAUCAGCUGAGUUCUCCUUCCCUACAGGUGUCUUUAUGUGUUUCCUUAGGCGAGAUGCUCUCUUGAUUCUUUUAAUUUAUUUCCACUAACUGCACUAGCAGGAACCAAACUGAGCAAUGACAAAAUGUCCUGCUGCCGAAGUCUGCAAGCCAGUACUCGCUGUCCUGGAAUGUUUGGAGGCCAGUGAUGAGGACAAUGUAGGUAGAGUUUCCUCUCUGCCACCAUCUCCAUUCAGGGAUGUCCCUGGGUUUUAUAAACUUGAUAUUAAACGAUCCUCUGAAUUUGUGUGACACAUCUAAACAUCUUGCUGUUCUUCCUGGGAACCAGAGACUUAGUUCAUGUUUUGUGCAUUGCCUCAUACCUUAUAUUCUUUCAUGUUGUGCAUUGAUUUGUACUCAUUUCUUUCUCUGCUAUUUAUUGACCCAUUUGCCCAGCAAGUUGUGGGCAUUGUUAGAGUGGAUGUGUUGACUUUCAAAGCUCAUGGCCCAUAUCUGAACCCAUAUGUUAUGUGCUUAACCCCUCAAGAAAACAGGAUACUCAGGAAAACUUACAGAUGGAAUACGAUAUACGUGUAUCAGGAGUUAAAUUCUUUCUACUUUCCUUUCCCUACAUCAUUGAUAAAGCAUUUGGAGUGCUAUGGGGCAUGUUUUUAGGGAUGUGGAAUCUUAUUCUCCCUGGUGUUUGAUACCAUAUGCACCUGUGAUGAGCUAUGAGCACUUAGGGUUUUUUUGUCAGAACAUGAAAUACAUUGGGGUGUUUAGGAGUUUUUUUGCAGGUAUCAGUGAAGACACACCAUUGGAGAUUAAUUCUUAAAUACUUGGUGUAGAACUUCUCUUGUUGGCUGUGUUGGCUCCAUCUUAAAGCAUGUGUCUAAACAACAUCUCUAUCCAAAUUCCUUGUAGAGCACUGUCUUGGAGACAAAGAGUCAGAAACUGGCUUUUUGGAUAGGUGAUUUGGGAUGACUUGAUGAAGGAUUUACAGCAUGUAAUAGGGAACUCAGAGAAGCAGCCAAUCCCUUACUUGCACUGAUGCCUUCACAAUCUAGAACAAAACAACACACUUUCAAGACAAUAUUAAUAUAGCAAGGAAUAUAAAAGCAGAACUGGAGACCUCCAGGGGCAAAUAUGGCAAAAUGCACACGUGAUACAGGACUUGUACAAUUUUAUAAGUUUAAUAAAUUAGCAUGUUUAACAAUAGCGUCCAAUUAAAAGAGCACUAGUUAAGUAAUCUCCCCUUUUGGUUCUGCCAAUUUGGAACCCCUCCUGAGUUUCUAGCCCCAUAUUUAUUAUGUCUAGGAUACAUGGUAAAAGGAAAUAAGACAUGCUUGGCUAAAGAGGCAGGACUAAAAUAUAUUUCAGGAAUGUAGCAUAAUGUGUCUUAGAAGAUUGUCUUAUUGGUCUAAAAUGUAGGGGAAGAGGGGUGGGAAAAGAACUGGGAGCUACAACCAUG